UCCUCGCUCCUGCCUCCACCAGCACCUUCAGCAUGUUUUCCAUAACGCUAACAGCACUGUUACUUUUUACUCACUUAUAUUCAGCCGUUGGUUUCUGCGUGACGGGAUGCUCGUGCACUGAAGACAGCGCCGGAAGAUCUUUAUUAUGUAUGGAAACUGCUUUAGGAUCAAUUCCCGAGAACCUCCCUGGAGAUUUUAUAAAAAUCAGGAUUGAGAAUUCACACCUCACAGAAAUACCCCAAAGGGCUUUUUACACCGUCAGUUCCUUGGAGUCGCUGUGGCUGAACUUUAACACCAUCACGCUGAUGGACAUUAAGAGCCUUGAAGGAUUGUAUAACCUGACUGAACUCCGACUGGAAGGAAAUAAACUGAGAACGAUACCGUGGAUGGCCUUUCAGGAAACACCCAAACUCAAAAUCCUGGAUCUGAAGCACAACCGGUUGGACGUGCUGCCGGAAUUCGCGUUACGCCACCUUCCCACACUGACCUACUUAGAUUUAUCCUUCAAUCAGCUUACGGUGAUAUCUCCGGAUGUUUUUCUCAACUGGCCUCGAUAUCAGGUACAAAAGCACAGCAGGAUGAAGGAGAGUGAAGCUAACGUGGUAUUAGCGUUACACAAUAACCUCUGGCUGUGCGACUGCCGACUCAAAGGCUUCGUCGACUUUGUCAAAUCCAUCAGUCCACCCAUCAUUUUGAUGAACUCGUACCUGUCCUGUUCAGGUCCAAAAUCUAAAGCUGGGAAGUUUUUUCAUGAGGUUGAGCUGAGGAAUUGUCUGAAGCCGGAAAGUUCUACGCCUGAUGCUAACGUCACGGCAGCGCUAGGCUCGAACACGACGCUGAGGUGCUUCGUGAAGGCGAGGCCUGAUGCGGUGGUUCGAUGGAGCUACAGUCUAAAAGCCAUCAGAGGAUUCACAGUUUCUCAGUCUCAGGUGAACGAGGAUACAAUCAUCUCGUCUUUAAUAAUCCCGUCAGUCCGCUUAUCCGAUCACGGCCUCUACAGAUGCAGCGCCAGCAACUUCAUCGGGAAUUCCUCCGUUAGCAUCCAGCUCAACAUCUUGUUCUCCAACGCUUCCUUUGCGAAGUCCCCCAGCUUUCCUCUGCCCUCUGUCAACGAAAACAUUUACAUCGAUAUACGAAUCGCCAAGCAGACCGUGUACGGUAUAACCAUCGAGUGGUACGCGGCGACGGAGAACCCUUCGGAAACAUGGUUCACUGUCCAUUUCGGUCGCUACGAUUCUCCAAAGAAAGAAGCUCUGUACAUCGGCCCGGGCAUCAACAAAUACUCGGUGAACGAUCUCGAACCAGCUACAAAGUACGAGGUGUGCGUCUCGCUGAAGAAUCAGUCGCCUCGUCCUGAGCAGUGUAUAGUUUUCGUGACAGGGAGCAACACAAACGAACUGGAGCAGCGUGAACGACUCAUCCACAUCAUCGUGAUCGUUUGCGCCAUGGUGCUAGCGGUUCCUGCCGGAAUGUUCGCCUGCACCACCAACACCAGGAUCGGCUGCUUGGAUCGCUGCACUCAGAUCUGCAGCAGAAAUCGGGAAAAGAGAGAAGCAAAGGACUCGCAGGAACACGGCAGGCAGGGAACGUUCGACAGUCUCCAGGCGGCCAGCGACGAAGGACUCUACAGAGAUUCGGGAAAAGAGCGGAAAUGGAGACGACGCUCGGAAGAUAAAGUGCAGAAGGGUAACAGCGCACAGCUCUACUAACCAACACGGUGGAGAUAACUGUAUGAAUUUGCACAAACUGAUUCGUGUUUAAAGUCACAAGCAGUUCAGUUAAAAAAUACUGAAGCACCAGCUGAGAAAUCUCCUAAUGGGCGUGGCCUAAUAUUCUAAUGAGCACUCUUAAUUAAAGCAAAUAUUGCGCUUUUUCAGCCUUACAUGCACAAACCCACUCUAUGCUUGCUAGAUUAGCUUUUGUUUGCUAGCUUGCUAAACUGCUGUUUAGGUGGAACUUGCAUUAUCUGCAUUAUGAUUGGUGAGAAAGCUUGCACAUGCGUUAUCCCAAAUUAGCCCCGCCCACUUUCUCACUAACAGGCAAGAAAAUCUUAGCUUUAAGAUGUUUUGCUGUAGCUACGAUCUUCCUUAAAGUUCUCUGGAGGAAUGUAUGACACCGGAUAUUAUAAAUUAUAAAUCAUUGCUCUUUACAGCUUUAAGUCUAUAAUAUUCAGGUGAAUUUAUCCACUGUGUAAUGAAUGAGAUGUUGUCAUUGAAUAAAAAGUCAAAACACUGGACAGGCCACGCCCACAAGUGACAACGGUAGCAUUCAAAACACGCCCACAAGUGAUAAACAUGCUGUAAAUAUGUCCUGAAAUUGGACAGUGACAGUGAAGUGUCCCUGAAUUCUCAUGUCUGAUCACUCGCAGAUCACUGAUUGGUUGAUUUAUGUAAGAAAAGUCAGUUACAGUGACUGUGUGUUUUUUUUUGUGCGAUAAACAUGGCGUCUGUGUGUGGACUGGAAUUUUCUUCAUAUAACGUAAUAAAAAGUGUUGUGUGAUAUCAUAUUUAAUCUUAUUGGAUUUAAUAAACAGUGUUUUGUAAUCUCUGGGUG